AUGUCAAGACCAAAACACGCAUUGACGGCUGGUUUGUUUACAAUCGUGUCGAAAAUAUCGUGGUACAUUGCCGCAAUAGCUGCGAGCUGCUCCAACAUUGAAAAUGAAACCGUACGAAAGUUUUGUGUUUCCCGAUAUACCUCCGGACAUAAGAGAGAAGCUGUUCCAAAAGGAUAAACUAAUGGUGGUGGUUGGUGUGUUGGGCAAAUCGAAUGAAGCUCAUUGCAACAAAUUGAUCGACUUCAACAUUCUUCACACGAAUUCAUCGCUAACGGAUGAGCCAGGAAUCGAUGGUCGAGUCAAAUUCUACUUUCGAGCGGAAGGACAAACACUAUUCCUUCAUUUUGAUGCUCCGUUCGAUAGCUUUGUGCUGCUGAAUCUAGCUGAACGGAUGAUGCUAGAAAAGACCGACGAUACACCGUUGCACUUUAUUGAAUUUAACAGCGCAAUACGCACACGUUUUGCAAGAGUGCUUCUGUUCGCUCUUCAAGUAUGCCAUAUCCUAGUGAUAGCAGAAUCCUCGGCAUCGUUCGACAUGUCCUAUCUGUCCAUCUUCAAAUCACUGAAAAUAAUACGCGAGAAGUAUGUGUUGAAAUUUUUACCCAAAAUGUUAAAAAAUGCAAACGUGGGAUCAUUCAUGGGCAAAGAAUGUAGGCUGUGCAGUCCAAGACUUUUGUUUAUGUUCCAUCUACCGGAGAGUGGUGAUCAUCAUUUGCUGGACGAGAUAGACGUGCUUGAAACCAAGGUAGAGGACUACAUUAACAAAAUGCUACGCAAUGAAUUCAUCAUCACAAACAACAGUACGAUGUCGCUGUUUUCUUUGCCAAAAACCAAACAGUUCGUUUUCUAUAGCGAAGCGAAAACACGCCACAAAGACCCUCUAUUAGAUUCUAUCGAUCUACUCUCAAUGUACCUAAGCCAACAGCAACAGACAAAUACGGGGACACUUCCCGAAAAGGAUGAGCAAGACAUAAUGGAACAGGCCAAACCGUACGAUUGUUUUGGGUUUCCAUCAACAUUUAAAUUCGAACUGAAAGAUCCAACAGCGGAGGAAGAACGCAGCAUAUUCAGUCUAGUACAAGAGCACGUGGAGGAUGCGUUAGAAUCCGGCUUUGAUGAAAACGACAACGCCGGAAGGCAAAGAAUCAGAACGCAUUUCGCGCUUCCUACAACCGAAGCAUGGUACGCGAUGUUCAAAUACAUGCACGAGCUGUUCAUUGAUAAUCCAAAUGACCCAUAUUACGAUGCCUACGAUCCGGAUUAUAGCGCCUAUUUGCAAAAUUUUCACGACAUUGUCGACAUUGAUGAGCGGUUUUUUGGUGAAAUAUGUGAGCAGGGUCUUGAUUUGGCCAUGCUGAAGUACAAGGAUAUGCUACCACCGCAUUACAGUGCCUCAUUUCACGAAACAAAGUACCAGGAAGCGUUAAACAUUCUAAUGGAGUAUGCACGUGGGCCCGAGUUGAAACCCAGCAUUGAAAGACUGAAGGAGUACUGCGACGCGAUAUGGCAGAGCGGCAAACAGCAAUGCGAGUAUCCGAGUUUACGCGGCAAUCCAUGUGUGCUGGGCAUGCAUAAGACGAUCGAUCCGGCCGAGCAUUCGAGUGGGGUAAUUUAUGUAUCCUCGUGUAACUGUGGCCGAACGCAAGGGCAUCGCGAAGAUCCGUACACCAUACGGCAGGCAAACUAUGAGUUUUAUCAAAUUAUAGCCAAGAGCUGCAGCAACUGCAAUCGCUUGGAGCGUAUACCGUUUCCUGUAUUUGAACCUUCUAUAAGUGAUUUUCGGGCCGCGGAAUUUAUAAACAAAAAUUUUUCAAAUUUGAUGUCAUUUGACAGUACCGGCCGAACCGCAUCGGACGUAGGACCGAAUAUUCGUCCCAUUCCCGGCCAUUCGCCAUUCCUGUCCGGUAGCCAACGCAGUCAAAAUAGUUCAGCAAGUUUAAGUUUUAACAUUGCUUCCGAUGUAGAAGACGACGAAGAUGAUGGAAACGUAGUUAAAAAAGAGAAUGACCGCCGUACACGCCAGAAGGAACAGAAUCCCUCCGAGGGAAGAAAGGAAACGGAACAAUUGGAAACACGUGACAGUAACGAUGAUGAUGAUGAUGAUGAUUAUGAAGAAGAGCUGGACACUAAUAAUGAGGAAAUGAACGAAAUAGUGAUCAAAUUAGGCAAAUUGAAACAUGAUACAGACUCUCUGCCGAGUGGGACAGAACAUCCGGCUGGACCGGCUAGAUUGCCAUCUACAACAGAGUAUCUGCCGGGUAUGUUGCAUUCAGCGAGUCCGGCUGGACUGCUGCCCAGAUUUCCGUCCUGGUCACUAGUGUGUUUAGGUUCCAGCUCUAUCUACACGCAUAAUACAGGCCUUCCGGAACAUGUGCAGAGCGGUUUUCUUUCGGGUUCCAAUUUUCUCCUACCAUGGGACGUAAGCGUACGCCUGGAGCAUGCACAAUGUUGGGCCGCAUCGUAUGAAAAAAUACGCAACCGCAAAAAAGGAAACCAACAUUCAGCGAAAAGCUUUGAGCAGAACAAAACGUUUACGCUCAAAAUAUUCAUUGGUGUGGAGUACGAGUGUUUGCGAGGCCAUCGGUUCAUCAUGAAUGCGCCAGACAGCAUUUUGCGCUGUGGAUCAGAAAUUGUACGCGACAGUGGCAGAAAGGUAGUGUUUAGCGAUAUGCCCAUUUAUUUCCCUUGCCCCUGCCGAAAUACUAUCAACAAUACGGCACAGCUAAUGCGUGUGCACAUCAUUACACCGAAGGCACCGGUGAAUGUGAUCAUUGAUCCGAAGGUGAAACUGUUUCAGAAUAACAUGCAAGCCAGCACCACGUUUACGACCGGCAUGACUGAACCGAUCAAAUUAACGCAAAGUUCUUACUGGAUACUACGCUUGCCGUUCGUGUACGAGGGCGAUAGCGGACCUUUGAUGGCACCGACCGACGUUAAUCCGGCCAGCGCGAUCAUGCACGGUGUGCUUCUGGCCGGUAUGUAUGGCAUUAGAGAGAACGAGCUGAAUGAAGAAUCGAUCACGAUGGGUACCACGAAUACUUCGGGAUAAAUGGCAAGAGUGCACUAACGGUCGAUAGCACAAACAUAGGCCUUUCCGAUUUGUAUGUGAUCAUGUAAUAUGUAAAGUCCGGUAAUUUAUUGUUACAAUAAUUUAUCGAACUUAUUGUUGAACAUUUACUUUUAUAUGCUUCGUGAGUUUUAAACAAAGAUGAUUGCUUAAUACUAUGGAUGUGGAAUAUUACUUAAUGUUUUGAUUGAACGAUUAAACUAUUCAUUUAUAAAAAUGA